AUGUGCUCGCGUUCGCCGAGUUUUCGACAGCCGCCCUCUGCAGUCGUAACGUACGCACCGGUCGAGCUCGAGUGCGGUCCACCGGUGACCAGAGAGUGUCCAUCGUCUCGCGAUCUCCGCAACAGUAAUAUUAUCAUCGUCAUCUCGCUGGCAAAAGGUGUUUUUUUUUAUUUAUUUUUCGUCCGUUCCGUGGCACGUCGUUCGCCCGUCGUAGAAAACGGUUCCGCGAGUUUCCGAUGGAGGAGUUAUUGUUCAACGAGAUUUGAACUUUUGUUCGAAACUAUAUAA